CAAGGUGAUGCUGGCCAACGACAUCAACAUCGAUCUAGAGGAGCUCCUGGAAAACAUCAUUGAAGGAAUCCCAGCGCCAGCGUUGCGCGACCAGGCGCGCAUACAGUGUUUCUCCGAGCCGAUGCAAAUUCUGCGGGCUUUCUCGGAAGUCCGUCUGCCGAAGCACAAAACAGGGAGCAGUUCAUCAAAGCGCCUUACUGGAGGAGGUGCAGCCAAUAAGGACUUACGUUGUGCCAAUUGCAACUCCAAAGGGCACUUCGCCAGGGAGUGUCUCAAGCCAAAGAGGGAGCCCGGAUCCUGCUAUGCCUGUGGGGCAUUUGGACACUUCGUCGGACAAUGCCCGGAGCGCAAGAGCGCCAAUAUCAACAAUUAUAAUGCCUCAUAGACACAGGGAGUCCAAUAUCAUUUACAAAGUUAAGCAAUGUAUCCAAGGAAAUUAAUUUAGAAUCCGCUUCAGAAACCUAUUUCGGGCUGAAUAAAAGCCAACUGACAAUACAUGGAAAAAUCUUAUGUUACAUUAUAAAAGAAAAAGUUAAAUGUUAUUUUUAUUUGUACGUGGUCCCAGACGAGCCUAUGAGUCAUAAUGUAGUUCUUGGACGAAAUUUCAUGGAAGCGUGCCAGUUGAAACUGGAUCCAGACGCCUUGGGAAGGAUAACGGUCAACCCAGUCGAUAGUAAAA